UCCACCCGGAAGUAUGCUCCAUCAUCUGGACCAUGGACUGUCAGUAGUGUGUUCCAUAGUUGGGUUAUUUGUCCUGUAGGGAUGAGUGUCAAAAUCUGACCCUGUGUCGGCAUUUUAACAAGUAUAAUUAUUUGGCGGGUCUUAUUCUGACAAAGUCAGCGGGUGACAGCGCUGCAGUGACGAUGCAGAUCCUGACUCCUCACGUUUACUGGGCUCAGCGUCACGGUGAAAUUUAUCUGCGGGUGGAACUAAGCGAUGCCAAGAACCUCAACAUCAGCCUGCAGGAAAACAACACGCUCCAGUUUAGAGCACAAGGCCACGGAGCCAAAGGAGAUAAUGAAUACGAGUUCAGUUUGUCAUUCCUAGAGCCGGUCAGACCUGAGAUUGACCACAAGUCCACCCAACGUCAGGUGGACAUCAAGAUCAAGAAGCAGGAAGAGCGCUGGUGGGACAGACUGACGCUACAGGAAAAGAAACCUGUCUUUCUUGCUCCAGAUUUUGAUCGCUGGCUGGAUGAGUCUGAUGCCGAGAUGGAGCUUCAAGCUAAGGAGGAGAAGCGGUUAAACAAAAUCAGUGUGGAGUCAAGAGUUCGCAAAGACCCCUACAUUGGCCUGAAGAAAGGCUACCUAUUUGUGUACAACCUGGUGCAGUUCCUUGGAUUUUCCUGGAUUUUUGUCAACAUGACUGUUCGACUUUUCAUCCUCGGUCAAGACUCUUUCUAUGACACCUUCCACACCAUGGCUGAUAUGAUGUACUUCUGUCAGAUGAUGGCGGUACUCGAGGUCAUAAAUCCUCUGUUGGGUCUGGUGAAAACUGGGUUUAUCCCUGCAAUGAUACAGGUAGCUGGGAGGAACGUCAUUUUGUUUGUCAUCUUCGGGACAGUGGAGGAGAUGCAGAACAAGCCUGUCGUCUUCUUCGUCUUCUAUCUGUGGAGCACCAUUGAGCUGUUCAGGUAUCCUUUCUACAUGCUGGCCUGCAUGGGCACAGAGUGGAAACUUUUAACGUGGCUCAGAUACAGCCUGUGGAUCCCUCUCUACCCACUAGGAGUCAUAGCUGAAGCGGUGGCUGUGAUCCAGUCUCUGCCCAUCUUUGAUGAGACUCGUCUGUUCAGCAUCCCCCUCCCUUCAGUGCUGGGACAUUCUCUGAGCUUCUCCUACAUUUUGCAGCUCUACUUGGUCAUUAUGUUUCUAGGACUUUUCUUCAAUUUCCAACAUCUGUACAAGCAGAGAAAACGACGAUUCCGCUCCAGGAAAAGGAAAGUCCACUAGCCGUCCAGCAAGAUUACUUUGCAAACUCACUGAACUUCAGUCUGUUUGAAGAUAAAGCAGUUUCUUUUUUUCUUCUCUUCUUUUUUUUUGUGACUUUUCCUAUCCUAUGCCUGCAUAGGACUGGUUUGAGUUGAUCUGGUAUCAUCCUCAGUCUCACUUUUCCAUUCAAGAAAAAAAAAAGUUCAUUUACAUGUGUGAUUUACGGUUUUUGUUUGUUUGUUUGUUUGUUUGUUAUUUUUGCGUGGGGUGGGGUGUUGACCGACUAAAAGAAAACAGCAUCAAAUUGGGAAAUUGUUUAUUGAAGUUAACUGAUUGAAUUCUUGUUUUUUUUUUCUUGGUUUAAUUAGUGAAGAGACUUCACUUUGAUAAGACUUUAUUAUUGGACUCGUUAAUAUGAAUCAACUACUCUCCAGCAGAUACAGUGCUGAUGGUUUCUGGGUCAGAUUGCGACAAUUCUACUGCUAAAAUAUUUUUUCAGAACUUUUCUUGUCAACAAACAUUAUUAUUUUUUAUGAAAUCCAAAGGAUUCAGCAUGGACGUUGAGAUUUAAUAGAGGAAAGGAUUAGAAAAGGAUUUUACCGUGAAGCUAAAGUUGGUAUUUUCUUUCCAAAAACAUUCAUCCUUAUUUGUUGUCCUGUCUUGCCAUAAGUUAACUUUUUCAACCUCCUUUUUUAUGAGAAACAAUAAUGUUUUAAACUAAUACACACACACACACAUAUAGCUGUUCUCUGUGCCCUGAACACAACACUGUGGAGCAUUGUUAGUGUGACAACCUCUUCUGAUGCUACUGACACCACAAGCAACAAAUGUCAACCUGUUCUGUUGCAAGCUGCGAUGUCAAACAACUGUAGGUGAAGAACAGAGCGCACAGUGAGCAGGUGUUCAGUGGCAGAGCUGCAGCCAGACCCUGUUUCUGUGUAGACUCUGUCAGACACUGGUGUCCGUGUGGUCCAUAAUUCAAUACCAACACCAGUGCAAUUGUUUUCUUAAUCUGAAUUAAAAUUUAAAAAAAUAUUGUAUUGAUAUAUGUAAAAUGUGUUCAAACACAGUUUAUAAAAAUACCAAUAAUAGUUUUUCCUCAGAUGUGCUGUCUUUUGAUUUCAGAAUAAAUGAAGUUCUUCAUAUUUCAACUUGGAGUAAAGGGGUGCUUUGGCACAUUUUUUUCCAUAUUGACUCACUGGGGUUUUGAGUUAAGUGAAAAAUACGCUAAAGAGGCUUUAAGUCAACAACAACCCUGACCCCCCUGCCCCCCACCCCCCACCCCCCUGUACUGAGGCUGGUAGUGAAGUCAUCUGUGUAUUUCUAGUCAUAUUUAACUAUUCAUUUGCCCACUGAAAGAAAAACCAAGAACCACAAGAAGAGGUACAAGGGAUAUGUACACAGAAAACAGAUUUAACUAAAUUAAAUCUUGAUUGUCCUGAAAUGUUCAUAUAUUUCUGUUUGAAAUCACUCCUUUGUGUCAGACUACAUCCACUAAGUUAUGGCUUAUUUAAUUCAUACGUUCACUAAGAACAGUGUUUGUAGGAAAGCUGUGUUUGCUGUUCUAAUGAUUAGGACCCUCCACACAGGCUUGAAUCAUUAAAUCACUUCAUACGUCUGCGGUGGAGUGCUGGCACAGAACAAUAUGUGGUGUGUUAUUAACACUGUGACACCAGCGACAAAUUAGCUGCGUUACAUGGAUUUGUGUUUUCUUUAUUACACUGAGCCUUGAUUAAAGAAGUUGUUCCCUGUUUAUCACUGGACCUCUGUGGACACAUCAUUCACCAGUUACACUGAUGGACCAAAUAAUAAAGUUCUUUCCUUAACUUUAA